GCUAGCUCCAUACAACACCCCCCCACUCUUUCUCUCUCCUCACUUUCGAGGACUACAAAUUCAGGCCUCGUCCUCAGUUAUCCGCCAUGCUAAAUCUCUUCAAACCCAUAUCCGUCUCCUCCCUCUCAAUCUCAAACCCACAAAACUGUUCAUUUCGAUCCAAACCCACAAAUUCCCUCUUCUAGUUUCCCCCCUCUGCUUCUGCUCUGCUAAUUAUAGCAUCAUCAGAAGCUUUGAUUUAUUGUUUCUUAUUCUAACAAUAUUACCAUGUCUAAAGUAGUUUUUAAAUCUUGUCUUGAGAUCCAGCAGCAGCAGCAGCAGCUCAUGGAAACAAGAACCCUGAAGCUCAAACUGGCUUCCCCAAAGCCAUCCUUCUUUGAAUCCUUCGGCGAAGAGAAGUCCCAUUAUCCAGAAACCUCGUCGUGCUAUGUUCAUCCUAUGGCCAAGAGAUCUCUAUCCCAGCUCAGCCACAAAAGCCUGGAGCUUUGUACCGAAAACUUGGGCUCUGAAACUGGAAGCGAUAUCUGUGAAAGCAGCAUUUUUUCGAUCUCUUCACCGGUCGGAGAAAUUAGUCCAGCGAAGGCACGGCAGGAGAUGGAGUCCAGCAGGAAAGAAAUAAAGAAUUCUCGCAGUUUCCCGCCGCCAUUGACCACGAUGGUCGGCGGCUCAAGCUCCCUGCAAGUCAGGCCUCACCGGGUCGACGGCAGACUGGUCAUCGAAGCCGUUGAGGUCCCGCCGGCGCACACUCAUCUUCAAGCUGAAAGAAUCCAUGGCCGCCUCAGGCUAAGCUUUUGGAAAGAUUGCAGUUCUAGUGAAGAAGAUGAAGAAGCUGAAACCGAAAAUAAUGAAGCUAGUCACGAAGAAGAAGAAGAAGAAGAAGAAGAAGAAGAAGAUGCUAUUGCAGAAACAGAUGAGUUGUUCGAAUUCGAAUUCCACGAAGAAGAAGAAGAAGAAGAAGAAGGUGAAGGAAGGGAUGUAAAUGGAAAGUGGGAGGACAUGGAAGGGAAUAGUUUGGAAGUCGGGGUUGAAAUGGGAAUUAAAGAAAAGUUUCAAAGACCAAGCAGGUGCAAGGACGGACGGCCUGACGGCAAACGGAUAUAUAGGGUGCCCUUUUGGGUGGCUACUUCCUAAAGCCUCCAAUUUGUAGCCCUUUUUUGCCCUUUUCCCCCAUUUGUCAUUUACCCUUUUUGUCCCCCUUUGUUUUUUAAUUAAUUCCCUCUCUUUCCAUUAAUGCUUACACCGGUAGUUUUUAUCGUUACUCAGCUUCUCUCUCUCUCUCUCUCUC